UCCGCAAACCCUCCUGAUUUUUUUUCCACCCACCGCCACCGCUCCACUCUUCGAUUCCUUUGGAAGUUUCGCGGCGGCUCCAAGCGGCGAGCUGGGAAGAUUGAUGGGAUCGCUGCCUUAUGCGUUUGUUUGCACGGAGAAGGAAGCUUGACAGAGGAUUACGCUGCCCCUAAAAAAAUACAAGUAAGUUCGUUGCACAGGAAAUGGGCUUCAUGUAACUUUGGAUGGAAACAUUGGCGAUUUUAACUUGAACAGUGCAUCCGAGUGAGGCGGCUCUCCGGGCAGUUGGCAUCCAUUCUUCGGAGCUGGGUAACUUGUUGGCGAUUCUGUCUGCCUGCACCCCGUGUGUACUGGAGAAUUGCACCUGAUUUUGACUGAGUAGACUGUAUUUCCCUCCCCACCUUUCUGUAUCGCGGAGGGAGGAGACGGAGAGUCAAGAAUAAUUGAUAAUAAUAUUGUGCCUCUUGCCAUAAAGACCCAAAAGGAAUUUUAAUAAAAAUUUCCUGCAGCUCAUGCCAAGGGGGAAACCCCAGAGUCAAGAGUUCCGCGUGACUGAAGACACCCCCCCCUUCCAAGAAUGCGAAGCACAUCCAAUAAAAUCGCUGCAUUAUAACUCUGCUCCCGGCGUCGGGGGCGCAGGGUGGGAGCGGGCCGCGCGGGCAGGAUGGCGCACGCGGGGAGAACCGGGUAUGACAACCGGGAGAUAGUGAUGAAGUACAUCCACUAUAAGCUGUCGCAGCGGGGCUACGAGUGGGAGGCUGGCGACGCGAGCGCCGCGCCCCCGGGGGCCACCUCCGCGCCGAGCGUCCUCUCCUCCCCGCCCGCGGCGCCCCAGGGCCCGGCCGCCAGGACCUCACCGCCCCAGGCUGCCCCCGCCGCGCAGCCAGCGCUCAGCCCGGUGCCCCCGGUGGUCCACCUGACCCUGCGCCAGGCGGGCGACGACUUCUCUAGGCGCUACCGCCGCGACUUCGCCGAGAUGUCCAGCCAGCUGCACCUGACCCCCUUCACCGCGAGGGGACGCUUCGCCACGGUGGUGGAGGAGCUCUUCAGGGAUGGGGUGAACUGGGGGCGGAUUGUGGCCUUCUUUGAGUUCGGUGGGGUCAUGUGUGUGGAGAGCGUCAACCGGGAGAUGUCGCCCCUGGUGGACAGCAUCGCCGUCUGGAUGACCGAGUACCUGAACCGGCACCUGCACACUUGGAUCCAGGAUAACGGAGGCUGGGACGCCUUUGUGGAACUGUAUGGCCCCAGCAUGCGGCCACUGUUUGAUUUCUCCUGGCUGUCCGUGAAGACCCUGCUCAGUCUUGUCCUGGUUGGAGCGUGCAUCACCCUGGGGGCCUACCUGGGGCACAAGUGAAGUCACCCAGCCUGCCACAAACACUUCUGCGAAAGGUUCGCCAAAGCCGUGGGAACAGUCUACAUCGUCAGCGAGGUACCGAGAAACGCAGCUGUGGUCCAGUCUCUUAAAACAAACAUUAAACAAACAACAACAAUCACACACACGCGAAUGACUUUCACGCUCAAUGUCGAAUCAGCUACUUACUGCCAAAGGGAAAUAUCAUUUAUUUUUUACAUGGUAAUAAAAAGAUUUAUUUAUUUAAGACAGUCCCAUCAGACCUCCCAUCUUGCCCAGCCCCACCUCCAGUGGCCCCACUUCUGGCUUCCGGCUGCACUGAGUCUCCAUUUGAGGAACAGACUGCCAGAGGGCUGGAUCUGUCACCCGGGGACCUGGAGGGAGGGUGGCUGCUCGGGGCUGGGAGGAAAGGAGUGAGCCUCCCCACCGACUGGGACAUUGACCACCGAGGGAGGUCGCCGGGAUGGAAGGUCACUCUUGGCGCUGCGCGUAGGAUUCACAAGGUACAAAGCCGGUCGGAAGGAAAAAAACCAGACUCCACUGAGAUUUCCACGCCGAAAGUCAGCGGUGGGGGAGAAAACUCAAUGCCCUUAAACCAUAAGAAAGUAUUUUUUUAAGCUACCAAUUGUGCCGAGAAGCAUUUUAGCAAUUUAUACAAUAUCAUCCAGUACCUUAAACCCUGGUGUGUAUGUGUAUAUUCCUCUAGCUUGGACCUGCCCCUCCCAUGCAGGCUUCGCCUGGGACGAAGCAGGACCCUUUGGCCUGCAAGGAAGCGGGCGCAUCGGUGACUUCUUCAGCGCGAGGAAGGCAAGAAUUUCCAGAAGCAUCAGGCUGCCACAAGUGCCUGCUUUUCCCAGAGUGAGGCCGCAGCCUGCAGGCCCAUCUGGCCGCCUAGAGAGGGCCUUGGCCGGGAAGGGAACCUGGGCGCUCGCUGGCCUCCCAGAGGGCUUUCACACGCAGACCAUGUGGCUUCCCAGAGUCUGCAAAGUGAUGGAGUUCAGAGCGCCGCUGUGGAGACGUAUCAAUAGCUGGCCUCUGCCUGGGCCUGCUGGCCUCGGGGCUGGCUCUCAGGUUGGGCCCGUUUCCCCCCAGAACCAGAACCUGGAUGCCACAGGACCGCUGAAGAUACACUCUGAAGGAACAACCUGGGAAGUUAUCUCAGAGAAGUGGAUCAUAGUGGAGGGAAACUGAGUCACAGCUUUUUCCGGAAGUGUCAGCAGGGGCUGCCAAUGGACCGAGUGGAAGAGAGAUGGUGUCGGGCAUGCUGGGGACAGACGUGGCCUGAGGGCCAGAACGAACGGCACAUAGGAGCUGCAGUUUCCAGAAAGCCUUUAACUGGUUUGGGGGAAGGUCAUAAAUCCUAAAGGAAGCGUUGACAUGCGGUGUUAAGGAUUGGCGUGUCUAUGGACUUAAAAUGUAAAGCAUUAUCUUAGCGUUGUCUUUUGGUUUUAUUUGAAAACCUACAGGAAAACAAAACAAGGAAAAGGGCACCAGGUGUGGAAUUUGGGGAUUUAUCUAUACAUCUUGGAACAAUUAAAAAAAUGGUGGAAAAUUACAGAGAAGUAGCGAAAGGAAUAUUCAGUUAAUGUACUCGAAGCUAUUUUUUUAAGUUUAGAGUCAGCCUUGAGACAUACAUGAAAUAAGUUUGUGGCAUUAUUGCAUUGUAUACCAUUUAUAUCUGUAUUCACCUGGGAAUGUAUAUGUUCAAUGUUUAAUGCUGUGGUUGAUAUUUCAAAAGCUGCUUAAAAAAAUACAUGCAUCUCAUCAUUUUUCUUAAUUGUAUUUAGUUACGGCCGCCACACUAUUUGUGAGCAGAAAUGAUCAUUUGAGAUUUGGGUCUCAGGUCGUCCAGAGCAUUUCCAGGAAGGUGAGAUGACCUGAGUCUUGGUCCACAAACGGAGGCACCCAGGAGCAUCUUGGCCCAUGAGCAGCCUUGCUUCAACCAGGCUGCUCCAUCCUGCACUUGCGUGCCAGCCCAUGGUUUAUCUUGAGGGGUGCAUCUGUUGUCCCUUUGACCCUGUUCCUUGAAGGACCCCUCGUCCAUCCCUGGGCAAUUCCAAAUGUAACAGCUUUGUAUGAGGAUCCCAUACACGUUUGGUUAAACGCUUCACGUUCAUGAGUUGAAAAUCCAGAUGGAAAGUGAUCAGAGGGUUGAAAUCUGGCUAUGAAUGGUUUGACUUUAAGACAGUCCAUUGCUUUCGGUAGCCUGCUAAAACCUAACCCCCAUCGAGAGCCCCACGUCCCUCCAGCCCCAUGGCCCUUCGCUGUGGCCACCCUUUGGCUCCUUCCUGAAAUGCAAGGGCACUUCACGUUCCCCAGUGAGAGAGCAGGAACCCCGUGGUAUAAAGUCAGACCUCCUGGCAGGCCUCAGGGAACAGGAUGAUCAGACCUUUGAAUGAUCCUAAUUUUUUUAGCAAAACGUUAUUUUAUGAAAGGUUUACAUUGUCAAAAGUGAUACACAUGAAUAUCAAAUCCUGUGCUGCUAUCCUGCCAAGAUCAUUUCAGUGGGUCAGCGUGCAGCCCGCGCCAGGUGGUGAGGUGUCUUCAAGCUGCUUUAGAAGUAACCACAAAGUGCAGAGGACGUGUUUAAUAUAAAGCCUGUUUGUCUUUUGUUACUGUUACUAUUGUUGUUUAAACUGGGAUUCGCAGAGUAUUCGAAAGAUGUAUAGCUAUAUAUCUAUAUAUAUAAAACAAAGGUUAUGGUGGUUAAUUUCUGACUAGUUUCCUUUUGCUGUUGGGAUUUGAUAACUGGUUUUAACCAUUAAUGUGCGGGGCUACCUGUCCCCAGAACUGUACAGUAUUGUGGCUUCCCUCACUCUAAUAAGAGUAGCUGAUGUUACAUUUUUCUUGUUAAAAAAAAAUGUUAGAAGCAAUGAAUGUAUAUAUAAAAGCCUCAACUAGUCAUUUCCCCUC